UUUCUGUCAACGUCAUUUCCAUCUGCAUUUUCCAACACGUGUUGAGCAGUUUCUUCUUCGCCCAUUGACGUCCUCUGAUUUUCUGCUGAAACGAGGAUCGCUGAUGACUUUCUCACUAAAAUGGGAGUUCAUUUAACCACCAACCAAUUAGUGGGUUAUACAAGCAUCGCAAUUUGAAGUUCAUCGCAUUUCUUGAAUGAAUGGAGCGGACGGGAAGCUGCUCCGCCGUGCAAGAUCAAUCUCCCCCAAAUUCACACCUCCAUCCCCAAACGUCGAUUCUGAAAUCCGAAUUCUUCUUGGAUGGCUUCGGCGAGGUCACCCUCACUUGUAAUUCAGAUGGGCUGUCCUGGGAAUUGGCUGAUUCCACAGAAAUUGAUGGCUCAGACUGCUUGGGCAUUAAGCUUGGCCCUGAAGUUGCAGCAGAGAUCAAGUUUUCUGAUGUUUAUGCUAUUGAGUUUAACAACUAUGGAUCGAUUAGGAAAUCGAAACUUCCAGUUGCUCCAAACUGUAUAUUAUGUGAUGAAUACGAGAUGUAUAGAUUUACAGUGCAUGGUUUCCAAAGAUCAAAAUCUCAGCCUACUCCAUGGGUCCUAACUAUGUUUACAUUUGGUCAUGAGGACCCGCAAAUAUGUCAGAUGUGGGUGAAUCAGAUUAAUGAAUCUUUGGGCCUUCAAGUUGGGAGGCCAAAGAAUCUUCUAGUUUUCGUUAAUCCAAAUAGUGGGAAAGGGAAUGGAUACAGAACCUGGGAAGCAGUGACUCCCAUAUUUGUACGGGCUAAAAUCAACACGAAGGUAAUUAUGACCGAAAGGGCAGGUCAUGCAUUUGAUGUAAUGGCAUCUACUGCAAACGAGGACCUUGAAAUGUAUGAUGGUAUUGUUGCUGUUGGCGGGGAUGGUUUCUUCAAUGAGAUCCUCAAUGGGUUUCUUUUGUCAAGGCAUGGGGCACCUUACCCGCCAACACCUUCAGAUAUCAUGGACUCCAUUCAGGCAGAAGGUAACUACCCUAAUGAAAUGAUGACUGAAAAUGUCAAUAGCAGUGAAGAUCAGUCGCCACUCCUCUCAGGUGCUAGAUAUGUUGGAUCAGGAUUCUCAACAUCUCGUAUGUACUGUGGAAGACAUAUCCUUUUUUAGAUGAAAAUCUUAAGCCCGUUUGAUAACAUUUUUGUUUUUAGUUUUCUAUUUAUUGAAGUUACGUUCUCCUAUUCUUGCAGUUCUACUGGAUAUCGAGAUCCUAUUACAUCAACCCUGCAAAUUGUCCUGGGUAAAAGAAUCCACCUUGAUAUAGCUCAAGUAGUUAGGUGGAAAAAGACUCCUAUGUCAAAGUUCGAACCUUAUGUACGCUAUGCGGCUACUUUCGCUGGAUAUGGAUUUUAUGGAGAUGUCAUUACAGAGAGUGAAAAAUUCCGAUGGAUGGGGCCUAGACGGUAUGACUAUGCCGGUACAAGAGUGUUCUUGAGGCACAGUUCAUACGAGGCAGAAUUAGCCUAUGUAGAUAUAAAGUCGGAGGACACCAAUUCAAAUGGGAAAAGAGUGCUUUGUUGUCCUAAUUGCAGUAUUUGUAACAAGAAGCCGAUCCAUACGCACUUACAGCAUUCCCAUGCUGGAACACAUUCUUGUCAGGACGAAACGAGAUGGAUGAAAUCCAAGGGACGUUUCCUAAGUGUCGGUGCUGCUGUAAUCUCUUGUCGUAACGAAAAAGCACCAGACGGUUUGGUGGCUGACGCUCACCUUUCUGAUGGCUUCCUCCAUCUUAUAUUGAUUAGAGACUGCCCCCAUGCUCUCUAUCUAUGGCACCUUACCCAGCUGGCCAGGAAAGGUGGAAAUCCAAUGGAUUUCAAAUUUGUGGAACAUCACAAGACUACAGCUUUUACAUUCACUUCUUUUGGUGAUCAAAGUGUUUGGAAUUUGGAUGGGGAGCUGUUUCAAGCACACCAGCUUUCAGCACAAGUGUUCCGUGGCCUUGUUAGCUUAUUUGCUUCUGGCCCUGAAGUUUGAAUAUGUGAGGUAUUUGGCAUUCGUAUACAAAGAGCCUUCCUUCAAAAUAUUACUUUUGAAAAUCAUCUUUUCAAGUGUAGAGAAUGAAAAUGUGGGCUCGAUUUACCAUCGAGUUCGAAUGAAAUGUACGACGUUCUGGGUACCCAAAAGGACGACGUGACGAUUUGAAUGUACAGACUAAAUUAUUUAUGGCCUCUUUGAUAAUAUUUUUGCUUUUGAUUUUA